AUCAGGAGCACUGAAUGGAAACCAAUCAGAUAGAGAGCCCCCUCGGCUUCGGCUCCCUGCAUGCCAGAGUUAAAAGUGAUGCUGGGAGAGAGCGACCCCCACUUAGAUGCGAGUAGAUCCAGCAGUGGAGGUAGCAGGCAGCGUGGAGGACAGCAGGCAGAGCAGCAGCACUGUUUCCACGCCGGUCACUGUAUUACUGCCUGAGGCUGAGCACUUGUCCUCUUCCCUUCUCUUCUUACCGAGAUCCUUUGAGACUGCAAAGAACAUUAAAAAAGGAAGAAGGAAUGAACCUGGAUUCAGUGCAGUAAAGUAGAUUGCUUUGAGGCCAAGAAAGAAAUCACUGAGUAGACCCGUUUGUGCUGUCAUGAUGAUAACUUACCAUUGCUUCUGGCUGCUGUUCUGGGUUGGUCAGCCUCACCAAAGUUUUUCAUCUCCGUUAUCCAAAAGGACUAGGGGCUUUCCAGAAAAGGAAAAGGUUUUGGAACUGUCUGGAAAUAGCAGGAAGGAGUUUACUCGUUCCAAAAGGAGCUGGAUGUGGAAUCAGUUCUUUCUCUUGGAGGAAUACACAGGCUCUGAUUAUCAAUAUGUUGGAAAGCUGCAUUCAGACCAGGACAGAGGAGAUGGCUCACUUAAGUACAUCCUUUCUGGAGAUGGAGCAGGAGACCUCUUCAUUAUCAAUGAAAACACUGGAGACAUACAGGCCACAAAGAGACUAGACAGGGAAGAGAAGCCUGUUUAUAUACUUCGUGCCCAGGCUAUAAACAGGAGGACUGGACGACCAGUGGAACCAGAGUCUGAGUUCAUCAUUAAGAUCCAUGACAUCAAUGACAAUGAGCCAAUGUUUACAAAGGAUGUUUACAACGCCAGUGUUCCGGAAAUGUCGGAUGUCGGUACAUUUGUUGUGCAAGUUACUGCGACCGAUGCCGAUGAUCCUACCUAUGGAAACAGUGCUAAAGUUGUGUACAGCAUUCUCCAGGGACAACCAUAUUUCUCAGUGGAGUCUGAGUCAGGUAUUAUCAAAACUGCUUUGCUCAACAUGGAUCGAGAAAACAGGGAGCAGUACCAAGUGGUCAUCCAGGCCAAGGACAUGGGUGGACAGAUGGGUGGACUCUCAGGAACCACCACAGUGAACAUCACACUGACUGACGUCAAUGACAAUCCACCACGAUUCCCACAGAGCACAUACCAGUUCAAAACACCUGAAUCUGCUCCACCUGAAUCACCGAUUGGCAGGAUAAAAGCGAAUGAUGCCGAUGUGGGUGAAAAUGCCGAGAUUGAAUACAGCAUCACUGAAGGAGAUGGAUCAGACAUGUUUGGGGUUAUCACUGACAAGGACACACAGGAAGGAAUUAUAACAAUCAAAAAGGCUUUGGAUUUUGAAAAGAAAAAGCUGUAUACUCUGAAAGUGGAGGCUACCAACACUCAUGUGGAUCCCCGAUUCCUCUACUUGGGGCCAUUCAAGGACUCCACUACGGUCAGAAUUCUGGUGGAGGAUGUGGAUGAGCCCCCAGUGUUCAGCAGACCAGCAUACAUACUAGAAGUGAAAGAAGAUGUGCCCAUAAACAGUAUUAUAGGAACUGUAACAGCCCAGGACCCUGAUGUUGCGAAAAAUCCUGUCAAAUAUUCCGUAGAUCGGCACACAGAUAUGGACAGAGUAUUCAACAUCAAUUCCGGAAACGGUUCAAUAUUUACUUCAAAACCCCUUGACCGGGAAACAUCGCUAUGGCACAACAUUACAGUAAUAGCAGCAGAGAUCAACAACCCAAAACAAAGCAGCCGGGUCCCUGUGUUCAUUAAGGUUCUGGAUGUAAAUGACAAUGCCCCAGAAUUUGCUAUGUUUUACGAGACCUUCGUCUGUGAAAAUGCAAAGGCAGAACAGCUGAUACAGACCCUAAGUGCAGUUGAUAAAGAUGAUUCUUUCAGUGGACACCAGUUUUCAUUCUCCUUGGCUCCAGAAGUAACCAGUGGCUCAAACUUUACAAUUCAGGACAACAGAGACAACACAGCAGGGAUCUUCACCAGAAAAAACAGAUAUAACCGACAUGAAAUGAGUACUUAUCUCCUGCCUGUGGUGAUAUCAGACAGUGACUACCCAGUCCAGAGCAGUACUGAAACAGUGACAAUCCGAGUGUGCGCCUGUGACCAUCGGGGGAAGAUGCAGUCUUGUAAUGCAGAAGCCCUGAUCCAUCCAACUGGCCUUAGCACAGGGGCUUUGAUUGCCAUUCUUCUCUGCAUCAUUAUAUUGCUAGUUACAGUGGUGCUGUUUGCAGCUCUGAAACGGCAGCGGAAGAAAGAACCCUUGAUAAUUUCCAAAGAGGACAUCAGAGACAACAUUGUCAGUUACAAUGAUGAAGGUGGUGGAGAGGAAGACACCCAGGCUUUUGAUAUUGGCACACUGAGAAAUCCUGAAGCCAUAGAAGACAAUAAAUUACGCAGAGACAUUGUGCCAGAAGCACUUUUUAUGCCGCGCCGGACUCCAGCGGUACGAGAUAACACCGAUGUCAGAGAUUUCAUUAACCAAAGGUUAAAGGAAAAUGAUACAGAUCCUACUGCGCCCCCAUAUGACUCGUUAGCGACCUACGCGUAUGAAGGUAAUGGCUCUGUGGCAGAAUCCCUCAGCUCCUUAGAGUCGGUGACUACGGAUGGAGAUCAGGACUACGAUUACCUCAGUGACUGGGGGCCUCGAUUUAAAAAGCUGGCGGAUAUGUACGGCAGCGUGGACAGUGAUAAAGACUCUUAAUAUGUUGCCUUUGUUGAUUUCCAGAAACUGCAUUGAGAUAUGUGAAGUAGCUAUUUCUUUCUAUUUAUCCAUGGCUCUGUGAUAGGGCUCUCUAUUCUAUCAGUUCCAGUUGUCUAAUGACUGCAGUCUGUGUGGAUCAAAUGUCAGAAAACUUUUUUCUAGUAUAAUUUUAUGAGCUUCCAAGAGGCAAUUUUUUUUUAAUGCAUCCACUUUACCAAGCCUGUCUUACAGGCACAGUGGUAGGGGAGGGAAACAGGAAUGGAGGGAAGCAAUAUUUGUACUUGUUCUGCUUAUAUUGUAAAUUGGAGUAUAUUACUGUUCCAGCUCACUUAAUCUUCUUACUGUAUUCAGAUUAUUCAGCUCAGAUGAUUGCUCUGUCCAUUUUAUAUUGCACAUCCUAAUGUACUGAGGUAUUAUGGUUUAACCUAAAUAUUAUAGUAAAAAGUAGUGGGGGAGGAAUUUAUUAUAAAAUUAGAAUCAGCUGACAAGGCUAUAAGACAACAUGAGAGUAAAUUUAUUCUUGAACUUAAAGACGUCUAAUUGCCAUUUAACUAUAAAUAUUUUUUCUUGAACCUGCCAUUGGCCCCAAAAGCAUAAAAUCAUACCAACUCCAUGUCUAUAAUUCCCUGUGGACCACUAUAUCUGUAUCCUUCUUAUCCAACAUUCAGAGAGAUGUGUGUGGUCUGUAGCUCUGAGCACAGAAUUGCUAAGUACUAUCCCAGUUCUAAUACUGACUCACUUUGUAACAUUGGGCAAGUCACCUAAUUGCCUUGGAUUAGACCUUGUGGUUUUGAAACAAGACUUGAGCGUGGAGCAAAAUGUAGUUGUGCUGUAUCCUAUGUCUAGUAUAGAUCACUUCCUCCAGGCACACCAGCUCAGUGUGUAGGGAGGCAGAGUGAGGUUUCACCCAUUCCUCUGCUUCUGCCCACCCACCCACACGGAAGGGGAGUAGCAGCUUUAAGAAGGCUAUCAUCAUCCUUGUGACAUGGAUAGCGAGUGAAAAGGAGAACGGGGGUACCUUGCACCCUUUACUCCCUUGCAGGGGUGCAUAAAAUUGGUCACAUUCUUGCUCUGUCUCAGUUUUGCCAUCUGUAAAAUAGGAAAAUAAUGCCUACUUCACAGGGAUGUUGCAAGGGUUAGAGAGAGUUUGAAAAUUGCUUUGAAGGAGGAAAGUGCUAAACUCUCAUCCUAGUAAGUAACUUCUAAUUUUUUAUUUUUUUUAUGCGUGUAUUUGAGCCCUGAAUGCACAAGUAAAUGAGAAAUGUUCAUCAUUCUGGUUACUAGAACCAGGAGGGUUUUAGAACACUGUCUUUACAAAUGCAUCAACCAGAAUUUUUAUAGGUUUCACUUACACCAAGAGGUGGCGUUUUAAACAUGAAUCUUUCAGUUGGUUUCCUUAAUUUCCUUGCCAAACCUGCCAUUUUUGCCCAAGCCAGAACAGUGGUGCCAUAGGACUCAGUACAGGCCAGUGUCUCUUCUUUACAUGCAUGAGGCAAAAGUAAUCAGCAAUGUAUCAGAAUGACAAGAGGAAUAUGUCAUUGAUUACAUUUCAGAUCCAGUCAUCUGAAAUAGAUUAUUUUGAAAUAGAUUAUUGCAGCUUUUAUAACCCUAAGGUCAUAGCCUUAUGACACCUUAACAGGAAAAAGUGAAGUUUCUCUUUAUACAUCAUAUACAACCAGUCUCAUUCAUUCAAUAUAAAUAGAAUAAUUUACAUAGAAUAAUUUUAUGUGAUCUGUUGCAGUUGCUAGGUAUUUGUGUUCUUUCCUUGAAACCAUAAAGAAACCAAUUUAAACACGAGUCAGUAGCUCCAAUUUACCCUUUCCAAUAAUACAAGGAUAAGACAAACAUUAAAAGGCAGCAAACUAAAAGGGAUUAAAAAAAUAUUGUACCAUAUUUAUACCAUCUGCGGAACUCAUUGCUACAAGAAAGUAAGACAAAGGGUUAAGUAAGAUUCCAAAAAAGAUUAGACAUUUACAAGCAUAAUAUGUGCUUAGAAAAACUAGGAUUCAACGUAAAGGGCUAUCAAUCUUUGUGUGUUCAGGGCAUAAACUGGCAUCAGGAAGGCAUCUCCUCCCCAUUGCUUAAUUCCCAAUUGUGCAGUGCUGGACAACUAGCCCCUUUAGAAAAAUCCCACUAAAUGCCUAUGUGCAUCUUUAAGCACCAAACACCUUUACAAAUCUGCCCCUUCAUGUCUUCCUUUCAAUAGUCUGGCAGUAGCCAUUGUCUGAGGCAGAAGAGCAAGUUAGAUGGUUACUGGUCUGUUCUAGUAUAGCGUGUUUCCUAUUUUCUUAUUUCAGAUAUUUUGUUUUUUCUUAAUUAACGAUACUUAGUAGCAGUUCAGGCUAGAAUUUUGCAUUUUAUCGACCAAUUAUUUUAUCUUGUCAGGAACAUGACAUAGUGAGUGUACAGAGAAUGCGCCACACAAGCCUGUUGUGUACAUAUAUAGAAAAGUAUGCAAUCUACUGACACCAAAAUUAUGGUGACAAACUGAAUAGCAAGUGAAUUCCUGUAAGAAAUUCUCAUGAGGCAAUUGCAUCAUUACUCACGUCUGAAUUAUUCUUUUAUCCAUCCAGCUUAUAAGUGCUGAUUUUUCCACAAAUGAGACUCAUUUACCGACACUCACACAUAACAAGAAGGGUCCAAUUCAGUCUUAUCUUCUUCCUCUAUAGCUCCACAAAGUGCAAUUAAAAAAAACCAGUGCCAUUUAAAUUGCCAUAUUGCAGUACAUAAAAUAUUUGCGGUAAUAUUUUGUACUGCACUUUGUGUGCUGCAGUGGCAAAGGAUGGAAACCACUGUGCCACAUUAUUUUUAUUCGAAGACUGGGAUGUUAAAAUUGUCCAUUAUAGACAAAGAAGUGUCAGAUUACAGCUUGAAAAGUGGGUUUCUGGGCUGUGUUAAGGAAGUGGACUGCUGCCUCAAUCACUAGGAUAUCUGUUCAAGUUGAAAGAACUCCUGAAAUGAUGCUAGGAGAUUCCACUGAACAAGGUGAAGAUGAGCAACACAAUCAGCUUGUAGUCUCGAUAGUGGCAAACUAGAUGACCAGCUAAUAGGAGAGGUACUGAAGGGUACCGAAUAGUCUAGUGAGAUGAGUGUGAAGGGGAAGGAGGGACGUGGCAUAGCAAUAACAGAACAAUGAUUGGAGUAAUCAUUCCAGAAGAAAGUCAUUUUUAUUCCAGAAUAGUGUCCACAUGGGGAAUUAUACAGAAAUAUCUAUAGCAGAAUAAUUAUUCCACUACAGCUAUAUAGGAAAUUUCCCAUGUGGAUAAGCCCUAGGAGGAGAUCUGAGGCUGGAUCCUGCAAUGAGCUCUGUGUGGGAAGGAUCCCACUACCCAAAUAGAGCCCCACUGGUGUCAUCACGGGACGGGAGUUCAGUCCCCAGAGCUGAUGUUUCCUAAUAUGCUAUCUGACCAUGGGAAACUCAUGUGAUCUUGGUCAUUUCCAUUUCCUUUGCUAUAAGAUAGGAGGAAUAACACUCACACCCCUUUAGAAAGUGCUUUGAAAUCCUCAGAUUAAAAGGCACUACAUCAGACAGUGCCAAUAGCAACAUUUUCAGAAUAAGCCCUAAAAGGUGGGCAGACUUUUCCUAUUUAUUUUUUGGUUCACUGCCAGGACUGUCCUGAUUAUAUACAAACACAUUUCAUAUUUGUUAAACAUGAAAAAAAAAUUAAAAAGCAGUUUUCAGCUCUCCUAAUUUUUCAAGUAACAGGCUACAUCUCGAGGCACAGUGUUGGCAUCUAUCUGUCAUACUGAAUUAUGCAGAAAAAAAUUAAAUUGGGUGUUUAUAGCUCCCAUGCUUGUAGCAAAUAAUAAGCAAUAUAUUAAUAGGCAAGUAGGUAGAAUUAGGUAUGGAAUUCUGUGUGUGUGUGUGUGUUUCUAUGCAUGAGAAGGAAGAAAUAAUGAACAUUUAAAAAGAAGGCACAUUUGUAAAUUAGAUAUUUCCAUCUUCAUUGGGGACAGUAAUGAAUGCUUAGUCAAUCCCUUGGGGCCAGAUCUUACACUUUCAGAAUUCCAAUAGGAGUUUUGCAUGUGUGAGGAGCAAAAUAGACUCCUAGCUGUCUUGCUCAGACAAAAUAACUCAGAAUCAGUGCCAUUUUGGUGCAGAGCUCUAGCAAAAAAAGACCCACAGCUGGAAAGUUUAAACUGCUGUAAGACAACAUUUUACUUCCUUUUUUUUUAUUAUACUUUAAUUUUAUAUAUCAUCUCUAUCUCAUGAUCUCUUAUCUGGAUGCUGCCAUACUAGCAGGUAGUCCAAAGUCCCAAUGGCACAUUAUGUUUAAAUUAACACGGCAAUCUGGAUUUCUUUAUCAAAUUAUGAGACCUGACAGAUCAACAGUUGCUAUGUUUAUCUUGACUGGUGCAAACUGUUUCAUAAAUUUUGAAAAGGCAAUUUUCCUUUCAGCCCUUCAGCCCUCCCCCUCCCAUGAAUGUUAAAGCUGCAGCAUUUAAAAUUUCUCUUCAGAAGUUAGAAAAAGGCAUUUUCUAAAAGGAUUUUUCUAUACAGAAGGUAGAACAAAACCAUACUUAAUGUCUGUGGCUUCAUGGUUUGCUCUACUAGGGAAAUAACGGUAGCUGCCUCGCUUGUUAAAAAUUAAUUCAGCAAAGGAUCUUUUAAAAAAAAGACUGCUUUAUGGUCCCUCCCUUUUCAGUUUAAUUUAGACAUCGCUGAGACAAUCUUUAACCUGCCCAUCAUUUUGUAAUACCAUGCUUAUGGCCUGGUCCUGCAUUCUGUGCAUAUGCAACACUUUCCUUGAAGAGGAAGAUGGAAGGGUUGAAGUCAAGGGGAAAUUGGCAGGGUUGAAGUCAAGGGGAAAUUGGCUGGCUGCUCAGGGAAUGCAGCAGCAAGUGGUUAUGGUGCAUAUUUGGGGAUUGUUUUGUUUAUUAAGGAAAUGGAGGGUGGGGAGUUGCAGGUAGGGUAGUAGAAAAUGGGGGAGAAAAACUAAUCAGUCAUAUGCUAAGCAGGACCAUUGUGACACUUAAAGCAGCAGAGAUACCAUAUGAAACAGAGUAUUAUUAGAUUCCAUAUGAACUUUUACAAUAACUGCAAUUUUUUUUUGCAAGUAUUUAUUUUAAAAGGGGACUGCAAACUUAAAUGUCUCCUUCAACAGGGUUAAUUUGACAAAUAAGGCAUGAGCCCAGCAUUUAGGGAAAUCUUUCCACACCAAUGGGCUCUUAGCCUUUCCUACAAGACUGCACUAUUAAUGUAAAUACAUCUGGAGACACUUUCUAUAAGCUUUUAGUUUUCUAUGAUCUAUUAGUUUAGUGUUUAUUAAAGAAACAAAAAUGUAUAGAAUUAUUAGACAUUCCGGUGAACACAAGAAACAACACAGCAAACAUGACAUUGCUCUGGUUUUUGACAACAAAAACAAAACCUCUUCAAAACCACUGUACUAUUUUAUUUCUGUGAUUACUUUCAUUGCUUUGCAAAUUAUACUUUAAAAAAUAGGCCUAUAA